AUGUUCGUUUCCUCGUCAACUUUAAUUCGAGUACCUCUUCGAAGUGUAAGCAAAGUAAGAAAAGAUCAGGGUUAUAUAUUACAUGUAGCUCGUACUCUUAUUGAUCCUAUCAAUAAAUUAUCAUCGGAGAGUAAUGGCAUCUUCCAAUCGCUAUUACAACAUCGUCAGAUCUGCAAAACAGAAAAAAAUAUCCGUUUGUUGAGUGGCAUAAAAAGUGCGAUUCAUAGCAAGGAAGAUCUCGAUGAGAAAAAGACGGAAAAGGAUGUAUGGAAAGAAAGUGAAUAUGAGAAUUUGGGAAAUUUAGAUGUUCCAAAAGUUGAAGUUAAACCAAACAUAUUAGUUUGUAAGUGGGAAGCACUGAUGAACAGCUGUGGCUUACCGGUUGACAGGACUGCUCCACAAGAAGAUCAAAAUGCUCAGAAAAGGAAAAGAAGCACAGUUCUAGCCAUGUUUAUUGUUGCUGGCAGUACACUUUGUGGAAUUUUGUAUUUCUGCAUUUAUUACGGAUGGAUGAGGAAAGAUGAAAAUAACACAUAUACGGGUAUACUAGCUCCCUUUUAUCGGAUUAAAGAGGCUUAUAGGUCAUGGAGGAAUGUAAGUCAUCAUAAAAAUUUGAAAUUUAUUUUUUAUAGAAAAGAAUUUGGAAUUGUGUGGAUUUAUUUGCAGUUCGUUAUAGAACCAUCCAGAGACAAACUUCUUCCGGAUCCAAUAAAACCACCGUAUUGGCAACCAAAGUAUACCGUUGUAAUUGAGUUCAAAAACAUUUUAGUGGCGCCAGAAUGGAGUUAUAAGAUGGGAAAUCGAGUAAAAAAGCGUCCUGCUGUUGAUUAUCUACUAGAUGUGAUUGGAUAUCCAAAUUUCGAAGUUGUGAUUUAUACGUCUGAAACAGCACUGAACGCAAAUUCAAUUAUUGAAGCUUUAGAUACCAAGCAGAAGAUUAUGUACAAAUUGUACCGUGAUUGCUGCAAAUACAUGAAUGGUGUAUACGUCAAGGAUCUUUCUAAAUUGAAUCGAGAUUUGUCAAAGGUCAUUUAUAUCGAUUUUGAUCCAGAAUCGUUCCAACUAAGUCCAGAAAACGUUUUACGAUUACCAAAGUGGAACGGUGAAUUAGAUGAUACUGCGCUUGUUGAUCUAGCAGAACUGCUCAAAACAAUACACUUAUCAGAUGUAGAUGAUGUUAGACCAACAUUGCAAUACUAUAGUCAAUUUGAUGAUCCUCUGAAAGAAUUCAGAGAACGAGCUACAAGAAUUGCCGAAAUAGAAAAGAAAAUUCAUGAGAAUGAAUCUGAAAAGGAAGCAUUUGUUGCACCAGUAAAAAAAUAUCAAGGUCACCUGUUUGGAUUUCGCAGGCAUGAAUGA